AUGCAAGUUGCAAAUCCUAUAACAGAUAAGCAGCAAAACUACACAUUUGCUAAUUUUUGGCCAGACGAUGAUGAAUUUAUGUCAAUUGUGCAUCCACACUGGCACACAUUUUCACCACCCGAUCCAUUAUACAAUUAUCUAGUUGGUAUAUACAUUGGGAUUGUUGGAAUUAUGGCAGUUUUGGGUAAUAGUUUAGUUAUAACGUUAUUUGUUCUAUGUAAACAGCUACGCACACCGCCAAACAUGCUUAUAAUUAAUUUAGCUAUCUCUGACUUUUCAUUUGCACUUAUCAUUGGCUUUCCACUGAAAUCAUUGGCUGCAUUUAAUCAACGCUGGGGAUGGGGUAAACUAGUCCUUAUCUUUUUGUUAAGUGCAAUCUUCGAAUAUGUUAAAUAA